CUCACCUCACGCGCCGAACAAGAGAGAUCCGGAACCGGAAGAAAACAAGCGCUGCUUCAGCUUCAGACUGCUGAUCUGUGAAUGAGGAAGAUGGAAGAUUUAAUAUCAAUAAACUGCAUUAAACUUCUGAUCACCGCUUUAUUUUACACAUGCGUGUUGUCCAGCUCAGUGGAGCAGAAGAUCUAUGUUGAGCUCAAUGAGACGGUUCCGUGUGUCCGACUGCUGAACGCCACUCAUCAGAUCGGCUGCCAGUCCUCUAUAUCAGGAGACACCGGAGUCCUGCAUGUGCUGGAGACGGAGUCAGACCUGGACUGGAUUCUCAGCUCAGGACCGCAUCCUCCGUACAUGGUGAUCAUGGAGACGGCCUUCUUCAACAGGUCAGUCAUGAUGAGGAUGAAGAGCUCGUCCAGAGUGUCUGGAGUCGCUGUGAUCAUCUCAAAAACAGGCCUUGCUGAUAAUUUCUCACCCCACACGAACUGCCCCAACCAGAACACAGGUGUGUAUUCUGAGAGUUACGGCUCUGAAUUGGCGAACUGUAACGUGACUGUGUGGAAUCCUCUCGGGAACGGACUGUCUUAUGAAGACUUCGCUUUCCCUGUGUUUGCUCUGAAAGACGAGAAUCAGACUCAGGUCAUCCGUAAGUGUUACAAGGAUCAUAACCUGCGUGUGAACGGAAGCGCUCCUCAGUAUCCGCUGUGUGCCAUGCAGAUCUUCUCACACAUGCAUGCUGUGACCGACACCGUGACCUGCAUGAGACGCACCGACCUGCAGAACCGAUUCAGCAUCAACCCAGAAGUCCUGUGUGACCCGUUGAGUGAUUUUAACGUCUGGACAUCCACUCGACCCCUCAACAACAGCGCCAAGGGCCACGCAGCCGACGAGAGCGUCGUCAUCGCAGCGACCCGGCUCGACGGCAGGUCGUUUUUCUGGGAACAGGCUCCGGCGGCCGAAGGAACCGUGUCUGGAAUCGUCACCCUAUUGGCCGCCAUUCAAGCCCUCUCUCCUGUCACUCAGGAAGCUCCGCCCCCUCGCAAUAUCUUCUUCACCUUCUUCCAAGGGGAAGCCUUUGACUAUAUUGGCAGCUCAAAAAUGGUGUAUGACAUGGAAAAAAACGAUUUUGUUAUUGACAUGAAAAAUGUGCACUCCAUGCUGGAAAUUGGGCAGGUCGGGCUGCGCAGUGGGCGGAGCCUCUGGAUGCACUCUGACCCUGUGUCCCGCAAGAACAGCAGUGUGAAUGUAGAGGUGGAAGCUAUGAUAAAGAACAUGAAGUCUGUUGCUGCUGGUCUGAAUGUCACGUUGGAUCAGCUAGCGUUCACUCAGCCGCUUCCGCCUUCAUCUCUCCAGCGCUUCCUGCGAGCCAAACAGAUCCCUGGCCUCGUGCUGGCAGACCAUCGUGCAUCCUUCAACAACAGGUACUACGAGAGUAUGUACGAUGACGCAGAGAACCUGAACGUCUCGUAUCCGCCGGACCUGAGUCCAGACGAGCAGCUGGGGUACGAGACGGAUGAGGCUAAGUCUCUGGCAGAAGUGGCCACACUCGUCGCUCGCUCACUUUACAUUCAGGCAGGAGGAGAUGAGAGCAACCUGAGCAACAUCACCGCAGACCCCAAGAUCGUCGCUCAGUUGCUGUACGGUUUUCUAAUUCAGAAGAAUAACAGCUGGUUUCGGUCGCUGCUGCCUCCUGAAGUCACUAAGAAAGGAGACAACAGCAUUUUAAGUUCUGGUCCUCCUCAGUUCUACAUCGGACUCGGUCCUCGCAUCCAUGGCCCUGUUCACAGCGUCACGCGCUUCGUUCAGUACAUUCUGGCUAAUCUGACGGGAACCGUCACCAACCUCACGGAGAGCCAGUGCCAGAACCCCAGCGAGAUCAGCACCGAGAACAAAGACUUAUUUGCGUAUUUCUGGGUGUCGGGUCCGGCGUCGGUCAACGGCACCGGAGAGCCGUUCUGCGUCCGAGCGUCUGUGCGUCUCUCCAAAGCCGUCUCUCCUGCCUUCGAGCUUCUGGAGUACGGCUCUCGAAAUUACUCCACAUGGACCGAGUCCCGCUGGAAGAGCAUCCGAGCGCGCAUCUUUCUGGUGGCCAGCAGAGAACUGCAGAUGUUAACACUGGGAGUGGGCGUGGCCGUGCUGCUGCUGUCUCUAUUGGUGACUUACUUCAUCAGCUCGAAGGCGGAGCUUCUGUUUAGCUCCGCCCGUGAAACGCCCACAACAGCCUACUGAACAAAACCAGAGUCCAGAAUCUCCAGCCGCUCAUUCAUUCAUUUCCCUUCAGCACACAAACACACUUCACUUCACGAGUAAUUUAUUCAAAGCUGAUGGGAUUAUUGUUGGUUUCACCGCACUGGUUUUAGCUGGGCUGGUCUGAACUGGUCUGGACUCUCCUGGAAAGUUGUUCAUAUUUUUUUUGUCUUUUUUUUUUUUUUUUUUAUAAUUCCAGAUGUUUUUUUUCUGAUCAUGACAUUGAUGGGCACAAAACUAAAAGCUGAUUUUAAGUGUUUAAAGAUGAUAAUAAGUGAGUGAGUGAAUCUUAAUGUGUGUUUUGAAUGUGUGUGUGUGUGUGAUUAUAAAUGCAGUGAGAAUGUGCAAUAGCUUACUGGGUUUAGUUAAACUUCAUCUCGACGUGAAUCUCUUUAUUUGGGAAUGUAGCAGUGUCUGAACAGUCGUAACUGAGGAGGACGACUCGAUUCGCUGACGAGCGCAAAUAAACUCCAAACACAGACUGUCCUCAAUGAAUCACUCAUGUUUCCACCGAAGACGUGGAGCUUUAAACAACCAAAUUAACUGUGUUCGCUUGUUAACUCCAGUUGAAUGAAAGCUGUUUGAUUAAUGAUGUCAUUAUUUUUCUCUGAGAAACUGAUGCCUUGAGAACCUGAAUAAACGUGACUUUCUUUUCCAGA